AUGCAGUCUUCUUUAUUCAAGUCGCUCAUUAUCUGCCUCGCCAUAUCCCUGCAGGUUCAAGCGACCUUUGUGGUGCGUUGUGGCAGCCGCCUCUACGACCAGCGCUCCGACCCAAUCGUCCAGCCGGGCCAAGUCUCUCAGCAUGUCCACGUACUGUGCGGUGGAAAUGGCUUCAACUUCACCAUGGAUUUCCAAGACGCGCGCAACUCGGUUUGCAGCACCUGCAACAUCAAGCAAGACAUGUCCGCCUACUGGACCCCCAAGAUGUAUUUCCGCACUGAGGACGGAAACUUUCGACAUGUUCCGAUCAUCGGGGACGACGGCAAGGGAAAUACAGGAGGAAUGGCCAUCUACUACCUCCACCGUCCGGGCCCCGACAAUGAUCCAAUCCAUCCAUUUCCUCAGGGAUUCAGGAUGGUUGCCGGCGACAUGUACAGGCGCACACCGGGAACAAACUUCAGCAGCCAGGCAAUAAGCUCUCUCUGCCUCGGCGGAGGUCCCAGCGGUGCAGAUGUCGAAUUCCCGGGAUUUCCAAAUAUAACGUGCCCGUAUGGAGUGCGCAUGCAGGUCACCUUCCCCGGUUGCUGGAACGGCGUAGACGUUGAUGCCCCGGACCACAUCUCGCACAUCGCAUAUCCGAUUGAUGGAGCCUUUGAUGGCGGAAGGUGCCCAAGCACCCAUCCCAAGCAUAUCAUGACGCUCUUCUUCGAGGUCACUUACAAUACCCAAGCUUUCACCUGGUGGGACAACAGCACUCAGCCUUUCGUUCUCUCAACCGGCGAUCCAACGGGCUACGGCAUGCACGGAGACUUCCUCAACGGAUGGGAUGGCGACACACUGCAGAAAGCCAUCAGCGACUGCACCGACGACAGGCCCGACUGCCCCGACAAGACCUUCACCUACUGGACGCCGGCCGAGCAACAACGCUGCAAGCUACCCCUCUCGGUCAACGAGGCGGUCCAAGGCAUGCUGCCGUCCCUCCCCGGCUGCAACCCUGUGACCUACGACACGCCAGUAGCGGCAAUCAAGCGCAAGCGCAACUGCGCAAACACCGCAGCCGCCGCUAUGAACCCAAGCAAAGAACGCCCACUGCCGCCGAUCAACGGGUGGGAUUACCUAGGCUGCGGCAACGACCAGCCGGAGCAGGGCCGCACGUUCCCCGACGAAUGGUGGGUGGACGACAGCGGGAUGACGCAUGGCAGAUGCGUCGACCACUGCGAUAGCCUGGGUUACACGUAUGCGGGGAUAGAGUACGCGAACGAGUGCUACUGCGGGGGUAGCCUCGCCUCUGACCGCAUGCCGUGGGAGGGCGUCUGGGGAAACUGCAUCCUGCCUUGUCCUGGAGACGAAACGAUGGAGUGCGGUGGAUACAACGCGAUCACCAUCUACAAGAAGGCUGCUGCGGUAAAAACGUCCCCAACGAGGCCAAGCGCGCGUCGGUUCGCCGAGCGGUUUUCGGAGCAUCUAGGCGUGGGCUUGGAGUGA